CAUCCGGAGGAAGGUGCAUCCUCAUGGAUCUCCUAGGCUGUAGUUUGAAAGACCUACUAAUCAAGCAUCAGUCAACAAGAUUCUCAUUAUUUCUGGUCAAGAAAAUUAUUCAUGAUUUGCUCUCUGCUGCUAUGUUUUUAGAGGAAAUGGGUAUAGUACAUGGUGAUAUUAAACCAAGUAAUAUUUUGUGGAAUAUGAACACAGAAUGUUUUCAGUUGAUUGACUUUAGUGUCAGCUUCAAAUUAAGGCUCUCAAAUAGAGUUCAACAACCUUUGCAAAGUAUGGGGUAUCAGGCACCAGAAGUUGUAGAGUGGAACAAGGUGAUGAAAGGUGCUACUGUCAGCAAUGAGCAGGAUCUUGAUUCGUCAGUGGAUAUUUGGUCUAUUGGAUGUGUGCUUGUUUAUGUUACCACUGGUCAACCUUUAUAUAGUAAUGAACAUGCAUCUCAACUUCCUAGAUUAUGCACAAAUUGUGAAUUAAAAUGUUCUCCCUGUGUCCAUGCAUUAAAAUCAACAGAAAUUAUAACAUCGAUAAGAAAUGAACUUCCUAUUCACGAAAGGAAUAUUUUAACACAUAUCAUUUCUGGAUUUUUACAAUGCCACUCUUACAAUCGUUUAUCUCCAGCCUACGUUCUCAAUCAUCCUUUUUUGUUGACAAGCCCCUCUCCAGAUGCAAGCAUAACAGAUUUGCUAUUACUUCCAACAAGGGUUCUCCGUCUUCUUAAUAUGUUUAAUGAAACAAAAUCCGAAGUCAUUGAAGAUAUUUUAUUGGAUAUCCGUGAAGAAUGUGAGCGAUUUGGUGAAGUUGUGUUAGUAAAAACAAGCAAAGUGAAUAGCGAUGGAUAUAAUGUUUAUGUUGAAUAUCAAAAGGCUGAGGAUUGCUGUGAAGCGCAACAUUUAUUGACAGGAAGAUAUUUUGAUAAUAAAUUUGUCGUUGCCACUUUCCUUCCACUGCAGCACUUUAGGGAGAAUCGUUUCUAUUAGAGAAAUUAUUUGUAAGAUGUUUAAGCCUGUGAUGGAAGACAUUAUUGACUGUUGUGUGAAUAUUGCCCGGAAAUAUUAAAGCAGAAGCACACAUUUUAGGGUGUGGGGAGGUGUGACACCCCCACCCCAUCUUUUACCAAAUAUGUCUUAAAAGUCGGUCUCAAAAUGUGUAUGGGGCAUCAAAAAGACGGUCUGACUAAAAUUUGAAAUACGGUAACGUUUUGUAUGGAAAACGGCGAACAGAUGUGUCUUUUGUUUUGAGAAUGGAAAUUACAUAAAACAACGAAAAUUGUUUACAACUGUUUAGGUCAAACAUAGAUAUUAAUCAUGUCAUACUAGCACCGAAAAAUAAACUUUCGUGCCGCAACAGUCAAUCACAACUAUCAGAUUACACCUAGUCAUCAAGGCAGCCUUGGAAAUAUUUAGUUCUCUUUCAAAAAAUGUUUUGGGUUAUUUAUAGUUCAGGUAAUGCAAUAUAUAUAUUCGAUAUUGCAAAAAUCUCACCCAUAAAACGCGGGGGAUCGCAUUUUCUGCACUCUAAAAUUUCAAAAUUUUCUUGCGGGAGGACGCCCCUAACUUCCCUAACAGUGCUCUAUAACAAGGGGAAAUUUCG